AACCAGCAAAAUACCUGUAACUAAAUCUGUGUAGAAGAAACGACAUAUUUUCCUUAUCGGUAACCAAACAUUAAGCAACUUUAAUGUUGGUGAAUCAAAUGUAGCUGUAUUACUGCAUGACUUGGAGUUCGGACGUUUAACGGGAAUUAAUUAGCGUCGUUAGCUAGCUGCAACUCACUCCACCAGUGUUUCCUGACAGGAGCAAAGAUGGUGACUGAAAUGCUCAGUUUAACUUGUGAUAGACUUCUGUCAUACCGACAGUUAGCAUGUUGUCAUACUUACUGUGGUAUACCAAUGGAGGGCAAGAACAUGUUCAUUUACAGUAACAUGGAUAAAGAUAAUAAGCCCCUGCUUCUAACAGGCCACCAUGGUGAGAUCAGUGCCAUGACCUUUGGAAAACUAAAUGGACCUGUUCUCCUUUGUUCUGCCUCUCCUGACUAUAUCAUUGUCUGGGAUAUUGAACUGUGCCGUAGGAGAACACAAGAGGGUAAAGUUGCUGCUGGAACAGUUAUCGGGACUUUACUGGGUGAAGUCGUCCAUCUUUCAUUCUGUUUCUCUGAUGAACGAGUGGCAGUAUGCUCGGGAUCAACUUUAUAUAUUCUCAGCUCAAAGAGACAUGAAGUGAUUUUUACCUUUACCAAUCAUCUGGGACCAUUGACUUCAGCAGAGUUCUGUCCCUGGAAUAAAGACAUUCUUGUCACAACUUCAGAGGAUCGCACUUUUAAGGUGUUGGAUUUAAAAACUGAAGCUGUUUGCUACCAGUCUUUUGUGCUUUCAGGCUCUCCCCUACUCAGUGUGUUCUUCUUGGAGGAGAACAGGCACCUUAUCACUGGCUCAACUGAUGGACAGCUGUGGUGCUUUUCUGUCCCCGAUGACAACAAGUGUCACCUGGUGACCAAAAUGGACCUUCAGAAGAUGGAAAAAAGACAUGUUCAGCACCAAGGCACUGUGAGCGACCAAGCAGGGUUCACAGAACACUUAACUGAAGAUAAAGUGGAGACUUCAAAACCUGUUCUCAAAAUGGCUUCAUGUAGCUCAUUAAUUGACACCAAUAAUGAGCAUAAAAGGGACAACAGCUGGUUGUGUAUUGGAAGCUCUGACGGCCUGUAUGUGGUGGAGCUGGCUACCUCAGAACUCCUAACAGCAUUUUAUUUCAAGGAUUACCCCAUCUUGAGCAUCUCAAUGGCUGGGUCUUGGUCAAUAUCUCCAGUCUGGAAUGACUCUAUGGUGUUUUUAGUGAGCUCUUUGUUCACUCCAUGUGUGGCCCUGUUGGAGUUACGUAUGUGUGUCCUAAGGAGCACCUUGGUUUGUGGUGAAGGAUUUUCGGUGUUCCCGAGUUCUCCUCCAGUGUUUGAAUCUUCUCUGAGUGCCGAGUUAAAGAGGAAGGAGCCUGAGUACCCUAAAAAGAAAGGAGGAAUAAAGGAGCAGCCUCUGGUUUUUCAUUCCAAGGUGAAAUCCUCUGGGUACACCAGUGCCCCAAGAAGUACUAUGUUUUCACCUAAAACAAAUAUCCAGAAGAAUCCCUCCUCUAAAAAGGCUAACAAGAAUACAGGUUCACUCCUCAGAGAUUACCCAGCAGACAGUGCAGCACCUACUAUUCCACAAACUCAUCUAAGCGUUGCCAAAAAGGCAGUCCACUGCCUUCAGUAUUCAGGUGACGGCAAACAAAUCCUGUGUGGUCUUGGCGACAGCUCCGUGUUGUUGAGCAAGUCCUCUCUUACUGGCAACCCAACUGUCUACACAGGGCAUGACAAGCCAGUGGGCAGUGUGAGCUGGAGCCUCAACAGACAGUGGUGGCUGAGUGCGUCAGAAGAUCGGUCCCUACGAAUCUGGACCCAUGACAGCCCAGAGCCUGCUAUUAUCAUGGGCGACAGUAUGUUCUCCAAACCCGUUAGGAGUGCUCAGUUUUAUUACCUCGAUAAAUUUCUACUUCUGGCCUCUGGACCCUCUCUAUACCUGUACCUUUAUAAUGUGGACAUCACACGUGACAACAUCAAGAGGUAUCAGCAACGGAGUGUCGUCAAAUUGGCUAAAUGCCUAACGUCAGCGACAGACAUCACCGCCUUGUCUGCUAUCAAUGAUUUCUUCUCUUACAUUGUCCUAGCUUGUGGUUCAGACCGAUCCAUUAAAGUAUUUGACAUGAACAGGGGUUGUCUUGCCUCAGCGAUCCCUGAUGCCCAGAGCAGAGCUGUCCACUGCAUUACACAGAACAAGGGCUCUAUGUUCAGCACUCAAGCGCCAGAUUCAUACAACCUCUUCCUCACCAGUGCCGUCACGGAUGGUGUGAAGAUGUGGGACCUCCGUUCACUGAGGUGUGUGCGGCGUUACGAGAACCAUCUCAAUCGCUGCCAUCCGUGCACUGCCGCCAUCUCACCAUGCGGCCGCUUCAUUGCCUCAGGCUCUGAGGAUAACUGUGCCUACGUGUAUGACAUCCGCAGCAGCAGCUACCUCCACAAACUUCAGAAACACUCAGACACGGUGCUCAGUGUAGCUUUCAACCCUGCCACUCCACAGCUGCUAACCGGGACCAUGGAUGGAAAGCUGAGAUUGUUUCAGUCCAGCAGUGCAGCCCGGUUGUCUCUUGACACCAGUGCUGUGCAUAUGGCGUCCCCAAAAUGACUGUGUAAUGACGGCUGGCAGCUGCCUAGUCUAUGCAGCUUUCAUUGAAGCAGUUCCAGUCCCCUGGGUUUUAGUGGGAGUGGAAGGAAUAUGUGUUUUGUUUUUAGUUUAAUUGAGAAUGCAAAGAGGAACAAUAGGUUGUUCUUUUUCUAGUUUUAUUUGCCUGUUGUGUUUUUCCACUGCUGUGUUCAGAAACUGUGAAACGGAACCACCAAUUGUAGCUCAUCCUUGUAAAAUGUCCAUAUCAAUGGUUUUACUGAAUAUCACAUGAUUGUUACAAGAUAUAAUAUGUUCUCAAUUACAGAGAAAAACUAAGCUCUGUAAACAUUUAGUUUCAGCAGCUAUUUCCCAUCCGUCUCUUCACAUUCAGGGUGACCAAGUAUCAGGUUGUUUUAGUUCAGUGCGUGCAACAGAUUUCAUUCUAUAUAACUGGAUGAGCGCACCACUUAGCAGAUCAGCAUAUAGAGCUAUGACAUCAACUGGGUGCAACCUCUUAGGCUGCCAACAACACAGAUGCUACUACUGUUCAUACUGACACACCCGUCUGUUGUUUGAGCUGUACAUUUACUCUUCACCGUUGCAAAACAAAAUGUCGGCUCGGCUACAAAUGACAUUUACUAUUCAACUAUUA